AUGCUUUCCGCCAUCGAAGCCCCAUCCACCACGACCGUCCGAUCGACGCCCAUCCUCCGCUGUCUCCGCUCCUCCCCAGCAGCCUCAGCCUCAUUCGCAUCGCGUCGUGCAUUCCCCCCAGCCAAUGGCUCCUCGCUGCAGCAGCGGUCGUUCACGACGUCAGCGGUGCGCAGCCGCGCCCGCACGAUGGGCCAGCUGAAGGCGCGCAACUCGACCGGUCCGUUCUCGUGGAAGGCAGCGCUGCUGUUCGUUAUCACGGGCGCCGGGAUGAUCGUGUAUUUCCGCGUGGAGAAAGAGCGGCUGGAGCGGAAGCGGAUUGCAGAGAUGAGCAAGGGCGUCGGCCGGCCUAAGGUCGGUGGGCCGUUUGUGCUGAAGGAUCUGGAUGGGAAGGAGUUUACGGCGGAGGAUUUGAAGGGUCGAUACAGUUUUGUGUACUUCGGCUUCACGCACUGCCCGGAUAUCUGCCCCGACGAGCUGGACAAGAUGGCCGAGAUCAUCGACAAGGUGAAGGAGGCGACCAAGGGCGAGAACAUCUUCCUCCCCGUGUUCAUCACCUGCGACCCGGCGCGCGACACGCCCGAGGUGCUGCGCUCGUAUCUGCAGGAGUUCCACAAGGACAUCAUCGGCCUGACCGGCACAUACGAUCAGAUCAAGCACGUGUGCAAGCAGUACCGCGUGUACUUCAGCACCCCGCGCGACGUCAAGCCCGGCGAGGACUACCUCGUCGACCACAGUAUCUACUUCUACCUCAUGGAUCCCGAGGGCGACUUCGUCGAGUGCAUCGGACGCCAGGACACGCCCGACUCGGCGACGAAGGUGAUCAUGGAGCAUAUCAACGACUGGAAGCGCGAGGGCAAGCCGCUGAAGACCGAGUAG